CAUUGAAACAAGAGUUUGUUAGACGCGCAUAAACAAACACAAACCGUAAUUCAAAAUGAGCAACGAUCACCAAUACCCUCAUCCACCCACCACCACCGGCGAACUCCACCGUCAGCCACCACCAUCCACCGAUGGAACCACCACAAAAUCACUUCCCCACACCCACACCCACACCCCAUCUCCAUCCACCCCUGGAUCACUGCUUGCCGCCGCUUUCGGGCGUGCAAUCUUUAACAUCCCACAAACUUCUUUCCAAGAAGCUGCAGCCACCACCACCACCACCACCACCACACCUCCCAAUAUCCCGACAAACAACCCGCUUCGCCGGACCCUUUCUGACCCCAUUACUAUAGAUUAUAAAGCAACCCAAGAACCCAAGAAGAUCACACCACUUCGCAGAUCACUUUCUGACACAAGUGAGUUUCAACUACCCAAGAAAGCCCCAAGAGUUUCCUCAUCGCCGCAGUCAUCAUCCCGAAAACAUAGUCCCCAAUCCGAGAGAUUGAGAAAGAUUGGAGAUAUGGUUAAAGAGAUUGAGCAUAGGUGUUGGGAGAUUAUGAGGGAAGAAGAAGGUGUUGAAGAGGAGGAUGCUAAGACCAAUGUUAGAUCUAAUCCUACUGAGCCUCAGCCACAGGGUCAGGAGGAAUGUGUAGCGGUUGAGCGGUUGAAGAAUGGGGAUUUGAAGUUUGAGUUGGGUUGCUCAUGUGGUAAGAAGUUUGAAAUGUUGAUUGAGCACAAUGGGUAUUGUUUCUACAGAUUGACUUAGUUUGAUUGCAGUUGGUUUUGAUGAUACAUAGAUACAAGAAUUGUAAUUGUUGACUCUCUGUUUAUGUUUGAAAUGGAUUGCAAGUCCUUUUAAGUCAUGCUUUGAACCUAAGGUCAAUGAGAUAUA